UCUCUUCCCAAUAGCGCUGUGAUUGACGUCAACGGAUUUCUUAGGCUAUAAGGCGUGGUCUCUGGGACAAUUUGCGUUAUCUUUAAACAUUAUAGAUAAAACAUGCCGCUCACAAUCAUAUCGGCAGUGGUGAUUCGACUGAUGUUUGUACUCCACACUUUCAUCAGUGUUUGGCGUGUAACAGACGUACUUCAGGAGUCCCUCUACUGGCUGAUGCUGGUGAGCUUGAUAGCGUUGGUGGUGGAAGCACUAGUCACGGUCAUAAAGCGAAAGGGGGAAGAAUGGAAAUGGUUCUGUCCCAGUUUCUUCUGCUAUCUGAGCGCGGUGAUCCCUGCUGUGUGGCUACUGGAGAUAAACCGCCUGGACCGUCUCGAUGAACUUGUCACGGGCAAUGGCACAGCGGCCGAACAACUCUCAAGUUUAUACGGGGUGGAAGUCCCGAUCGUUCUGUCUGCCAACCAGUGGGUUCUUGCCAUUGAGCAGUCGCUGCUGUUCCUUCUUAUCAUCGCUAGAUGGCUCUUACCUAAGGGCGAAAUCACUAGGGAACAACUGUCACAAUUACUCUUUGCCUACAUUGGCAUGGCAUCGGACAUUAUGGAACUCUUGUAUUUGUUUGAUGAAGACAAAGUUGUGCGCGAUCUUGUUUUGCGGUAUGCCAUUCUGGGAGUAUGGUCUUUAAGUUUGUUCCAGUUCUGUUUGGUAUAUACGGCGACGAAAACGCGAAAGCCGAGACCUAUUUUUAUUCCAAUACGAAGGAGCAUGCGUGAAGUUGAUCCUGACGAUGGGUGCUGCUCAUGCGAGACGGAAAUAUGGGCAAUUGGGCUGAUAGUACUGCUGCAAGAUGGUCCUUUCCUGACGGUCAGGCUAUUCAGUAUCAUAAAAUACAGCAUCUUCAACUACAACAUCAUAUUUUUCACAACAAAGAAUGUUCUGGUACUGCUCCUGCAGUUUUACCGUUUAGCUGUUGUACUGAUUGAGACGAAAAAGGCUCAGAAGGAGGAGGAAAAAAGGACAGCAGAGGUCACUCACGAGUUAAUACAAAAGUUACACGGAAAGAAAAAGAAACGAAAAGACAAAGAAAAUCAGGCAGAAAAAGAUACAUCCGUUACGGAGAAUACCCCUUUUACGGUAUCAGAAACACUUCAUGUUCCCGAUCCCUGAGAGCUGCUUUAUGGAUUUGAUUGCUAUGAAAUUGAAAAAAGGACCUGAACUGAAAAAACUACUUAGAGAACUCGAACACAAGUAGUCUGGUACGCACAAGGGAUCUCAAAAUUCUUUUUUGGCGCACAAAACAGUUUUUUACAAUAUAGUUUGAAUAUUGCAAUAUCAAUAAGAAAUUUCUUUUCUUUCAUUUUAUUUCACAAAAGGCUAAUUCCAAUAACCAUUCUGUAUGCCAAUCUCAUAUCCGAAAAUCAGUAUACUUCGCUGAUAAGCUAUUGCAAAAAUUUAGGCCAGACAACAAUCAGCAGUAUUAUGAAUGUGUGUCUGUUAUUUAAUGACACAACUGGUGCAGUAAGUGAUUUUGGAACCGACCCAGCUAGUACGAUGUGUGAAUCUGAAUGACGUAUAAUUCACAAGCUGUGGCAUUAGCCCCAGAGAAUCAUGGAGUGGAUCGCGUUAUUGCUUUUAUUGAAACUGAGAAUAGAUGCCAUUCAACGGUGGGUGCAGGUUUAUAGGAUUCGGGAUUAAACUGAGAAAUAGUGGAAAGCGGAUUUCUCACAGGUCUAAGUUGAUAGUGAUGGUUACAGUUAAUAUUUUUUAACUCACAAUAAGUUUACA